CCAGAACCAGAGAAAAAAAAAACAGAGAGCCUAGUUCUCUCUCUAUUUGAUUCUCAUUGGUUUUCCCGGCUACCUAUCUUUGUCUACUUCAUCAUCACAGGUUUCAAGCUCUCCUUCAUCUUCCUCCUCGGGUUUUUUACUUUGUGGUGUUAAAUAAGGAGCUUUGUUGCAGCUGUUUGACUUGUGUGUGACUGCAUUAUUUUGCCGGAGAGAUCUCAGAGGGGCUUAGACUCUGAACUGGGGCCGAACCGGUUUGUUGGGUUUUUUGUUUUUGCAAGGGAAGCUUUGGAGUUUCGUGAAUAUAUACAUGGAUUGUUUUUCGAGUUUUUCUUUUGUAAGACGCCAUUGAUUCUGGUGUAAAGCAGACAAAAGACAGGUUCUUGGUUCGUGUCGAAGCACACCACGUGGCUGUUGGCGUGAUAUGCCGGGGUUGGGUGGAUUAAAGAGAAGUGUCUUGUUGUUGUUGUGUUGUGGUGUGAGGAGGUGUGUGGUUCAAUUGGGCAGAGUUUGAAGCAGAUCUUCGGGGAAAUUGGAGGAGAUCUUUGAAGAUGAUGAGAAUGAAGAACAAGACGAGUUCAGGUGUGGAGGUGCCGUUCUCUAGUAUGAAUGGAAGUUCGGGGGCAGCAGAGUCUGGACCGGCCGGGGAGUGGGAGGUCAGGCCAGGAGGAAUGUUGGUUCAGAAACGGAAUCCGGACUCUGAUCGGAACGUGGCGCCUCCGCCGACAAUUCGAGUGAGGGUCAAGCACGGGUCUGUGUACCAUGAAAUCAGUAUUAGCGCGCAAGCUUCCUUUGGGGAGUUGAAGAAAAUGCUGGUUGGACCGACGGGUCUACACCACCAGGAUCAGAAGCUGAUAUUCAAAGAUAAGGAGAGGGAUUCCAAAGCCUUUCUUGACAUUUCCGGGGUGAAAGACCGAUCAAAAAUUGUGUGUGUUGAAGACCCUCUUAGCCAAGAAAAGAGGUAUAUUGAGAUGAGGCGCAAUGCCAAGAUGGAGAAGGCAUCAAAGUCUAUCUCGGAGAUCAGCUUGGAAGUAGACCGGCUCGCUGGUCAGGUGUCUGCUCUUGAAACAAUUAUUACUAAAGGUGCAAAAGUUGCAGAACAAGAUGUGCUUAAAGUGAUUGAGCAGCUGAUGAAUCAGUUGCUUAAAUUAGACGGAAUUAUGGGGGAUGGAGAUGUGAAAUUGCAGAGGAAAAUGCAGGUGAAAAGAGUUCAGAAGUAUGUUGAAACUCUGGAUGUAUUGAAAAUAAAAAACUCCAUGCCUAGUAGCAAUGGAGGUCAUAUUCCGAAGCAAGCUCAUAGUCAUAGACAAAAUCAUUCCAAUGGCAAUGGGCGUAUCCUAACACCAAUUCAAGAGCACCAACCAAGGCAUUCACUUGAGAAUUUACCUACACCCCAGCAGCAAGGCCAAAAGCAGCAGCUACAACAACAACAACCUUCGAGGCAUUCAACAUCAGGGGCAAUCGUUACCACACAGUGGGAGACUUUUGAUAAUAUGCCACCAUUGAUCCCAAUCUCAUCAACAUCUACAUCCACAACCUCAGCAGCCAAUGGUUCUGCCUACCCUAAAUUUAAUUGGGAGUCGUUCGAGUAAGCCAUAUACCUAUUGUUUGUGAUUGAGUGUCUGUGUGUGUGUCUGUGGAUGUGUUUUGAUAUUGUAUCCUAAAUGGUUUGUCUUCUCUUCUACAUUCUUUUCUGUACUUAGAAAAUGUUUUCGACCCCUUUUACUCUCUGUCAUUGUUCACCAGAAAUAAAUGGGGUUACUCCAAUAGUGAUUAUUGAUAUCAAUAUUGUUCUUUUUUUCUUUGAAUUCCAUUUAUGUGGUUUGGUUUUCCAUACUAUAAACUUGGCCUUCUGUAUAUUCCUUACUAGAGCAAUUAGUCUCAGACAUGUGAGGGCUCUCCUCCUUGAAAUCCAAUAAAGCAGUUCAAUCAUAUAC